UAAAAAUGAAUUGAAAUGGACAUGGAAAUGAGAGCUUUUCUACAAAAAUAAAAAAAUUUAAAUUAAAUUUAUAUCUUUCAAAUAUUAGCCAAAAAAAUGGUAUAUAUAGAACUUUGGUUGAAAGUCUUGAAACAAUGUUUGACUACAAGUGUUGCCACUUAGAGCAAAUUCUGUAGAUCACUACCCCCCACCCCAAAGUACUGUGUGAAUCAAUAAGAAUAGUACUGUUGUAAUUCCUAUAGUUUUCUUUUUUUUAAAAAAAAUUUUCGAUUUCUUUAAUUUUUCAUCAAUUACUUCAUCCUCUAUCCUGUAUUUUUCCUUUUCAUUUUGUGAUGAUUUUUAAUUAUUCAGGACAUUUGCAAAACCUUUAAUACGAUGAGGGUGAUUGCAGUAAAAAAUGGAGAGACUCAAUGCAUCUCAAGAGGCUACUAAACUUUUAUUGGGUUUCGGAGGAAGUCCGUCAAUGGAGAUUUUCAAUUUUACUAUGCUUUCUAGCGAUUCCCCUUCUUUCUCCAUCUCCAAUCGCCCUGAUCACAACACUUAGGUAACUUCUUUAUUUUCUAUUUUCUAAAUUUCGGGUUUUCCAAGCGUUUGAGAUUCUCCCAAAAAUUAAAACCUGUGUUAUUUGAUGACUGGAACAAUAUUGUGUCUGGUUUAUUUGGAUUUCCUUGGGUUUUUAUUAUUUCCAAAUUAUUCCUUCUGGUUCUAAUUCAGUUUUACUAGGUUUAUUUGGGUUGAUGAAAGCUGAAUUUUUGAUUAUUUUGGGUAUUUAGUUGGUUGGACUUCUGGGCUUUAAAAAAAAAAGAUUAAUUUAGUCAUUCAUGGGUCGUUUUCAUUUUCUCAAACUUAACUCUUCAAUCCAAGAGAAGAGUUAAUUGGAUUUUGAUGCAAUUUCUAUAGUUUUUGAUCAAAUAAAUAAUGAGGUUUGAUGCAAUCUCGAAUCUCUCUCUUCAUUUAACAAGGUUAGCGUUAAUUUCUUCUCUAUAAUUCUUACUUUACUGCUUUUUAGCUCUUUUGUUUGUUCUCUGCCUAAUAUUUGUUUGUUCAUUUAACAAGGUUAGGAAAACUUGGACAGUUGCAACCUCAAGUUGCUAAGGAGAUUGGUAGCCUCAAGCUGCUCUUGUACCCCUUCCAUUGAAUUAAUCAAAAAUCAGUCCUUCUCUUAUUAUUAUUGAGUAAAUCAGCUUAGUCUAUUACAAACUUGGUACCAGAGCAAUGGUCCUGCGGGCUGCCAACGCCGGAAACAACCGUCCGUACAUCAUUAAAAAAAAAAUGAUGUUAACCCAAAGAGUUGAUGAAGCAGAGGAAAGAAUGAGCAGGUUUGAAACUCAGCUAAGAGUAAGCUGAGUAGUCAAGAAGACUCGCUCACUCGAGUGGUGGCAGCCGCUGUGGGGGCCGCCAUGGAGGAGGAGCGGAAGAAAAUUGACGAAGCAUUAGCAGCCACCUCCAACAAAUUGGAGGAUCACCUUGGUCGCUUCCGGGUGGAUAUGGAUACCCAAGCCGCCAUCGAUAGAGAGAAGCUAGAGAAGUUAAACAACCAGCUUAAGGCCAUGAAGGGCAACCAGCCUCCAGAUCGACCGCACCUUCCACCGCCGGUAGUCCACCUAGAGGAGGGGAAUAGUCAGGUGCAAGGAGGGAAUAAAGAGCAGACUCCAGUGGGGAAGCGAAAUUUCGGCAUGCCGGGGAAGAGAUCACCAGACCCUGGUGGCUGGCGCGACGGUGGAGAUGGGGGAAACGGAGGAUGGCGUCGCGGAGAUUGACGUGACGGUGAGGGUGGUGGAGGAAAUCACUGGAAGCACCGUAAGCUUGAUAUGCCUGUUUUUGAAGGGAAGGAUCCCGAUAACUGGAUUCGUAGGGCCAAAAUGUUCUUCGACUUUUACCAGUCAUCGGAGAGAGAGAAGAAAGAGGUCGCAGUGGUGGCUAUGGACGAUCCAGCUCUAAAGUGGUACUAGUGGGAGCAACGUCGGCGACCGAUUACUCAAUGGCCAGAUCUUAAAAGCUGGAUUCUCCACGAGUUCAAGCCUUCGCACGGGAACACUGUACGCACAGUGGUUGUUGUCGGUGGUGCAGGAGAGUUCGGUGGAGGAGUAUCGCCAGAGAUUCAUCGAAUUUGCGGCCCCUUUAGAAGGAAUUUUGGAAGAUCUGCUGUUUGCUCAGUUCGUGAAUGGUUUAAAGGGAGGAGUGAAAAUGGAGCUGAGGACUUUGUACCCGAAUAUGUUGGAACGGGCUAUGGAGUUAGUAGGUUUGAUAAAAGAGAAAAACAAGGCUUACGGUGGAAGGAGAGGAGACCUAGGGGGUGUUAGGAUUGGGACGACCCAACCAUUCACUCAAACUCCCAGCUACAGUAACAACAAGGGGAAGGGAUUGGGUCUGGUCCAGACGUAUGGUCUGCCUAAACCGCCUAGCCCAUCUAGCGCUUGGCCAAGAGUGACGGACUCCCAACCAUCAGUGAACAUGGUUGGUAGCUCUAGCAGCAAUUUGAUUGGCUGUAUAAGUGGACCGCCAACUCGAAGACUCACUGAGGCGGAGCUGUAAGAAAAGCGGUUGAUGGGACUUUGUUUUCGCUGUGAUGAACGGUGGGGAGUAGGACAUCGAUGUAAACGUAAAGAGUUAAGCGUACUCAUUGUCGGUCAUGAAGGUGAUGUGAUGGAUGACGAGUUUGUUGGUGGAGAAGGAGGAUAUGAGGAGGAUGAAACUGCGGUACCGGUGGACAUCUCCCUAUGCUCGGUGGUGGGUAUCUCCAACCCAAAAACAAUGAAGUUAAGGGGAACGAUAAAAGGAGGAGUUCCAUGGAGCAAGUUAAUUCCUUCCAAGCCUAUAGGCAAAAUAACCUAUACUCCAACACUUAUAAUCCUGGUCUCCGAAACCAUCAAAUCUUUCCUACCAGAAUACUAAUGUGCUAAACCCUUCACCUCCACAACAACCACAACAACAACCCCACAGCAACCACAACAAAAAUAUUACCAACCUCCUAACCAGAGACCCCAACCACAAACACCACCUCCAUUUACUAAUCCUGCCCUGUCAGAAAUUAAAACGAUGUUAGCCAAUAUGCAGAAACAGAUGCAGAGUAGAGAUGCCCAAAUUGAUUCAAUCCUAACACAUAAUAAAAUCAUAAAUAAUCAAAUUGCGCAACUUUCCUCUACUCUGCAAACUCGCCAGCAGGGAGCCCUACCAUCGCAGCCAGUACAACCUACAGAUCAUGCUAAUGCAAUUACUUUGAGAAGUGGUUCACAUUAUUAUGGGCCCUUUAUGCCCAAAGAUGAUGAACCUGUUAUAACAAAAAUUGUUAAUCCUGAUUCUCUUAUACCAAAUGAUGUUGUUACUACCCCUUCAGGGCCCCAGGGUAACACUAAUAUUUCUGAUGAUACAUUGCAGGGUACAACUCCAGAGAAGGUUACAACUCAAGAUAAGAUCGGAGAUGUACAUAAACCAGUUAUCAAAAUACCAUUCCCUAAUAGACAUUUGAAGAGUAAGUUGGAUAAGCAGUUUGGUAAGUUUUUGGAGGUUGUGAAAAAUUUGUAUGUAACAAUUCCUUUUACAGAAUUAAUUACACAAGUUCUUGCAUAUGCUAAAUUUAUGAAGGAUACAUUGACUAGGAAGAGAGCCUUUAAUGAGGUAGAGACUGUAGCUUUUACAGAGGAAUGUAGUACUUUAUUGCAAAAUAAAUCUCCACCAAAAUUAAAGGAUCUUGGUAGUUUUUCAUACCUUGUCAUGUUGGAAAUGUUUUCAUUGAUAAAGCAUUAUGUAAUUUGGGCGCUAGUGUAAGUGUAAUGCCAUCGUCUGUGUG